AUGACACAAUCCACCUCGACAUUUGACAAAGCCUUGGCCGAGAAACUCUGCGGCAUCCAAGUCCCAAAAGAAAUCAAAUUCUCUCCCAACGGCCAAAGACUCGUCUACUCAACCAGUCUCGUUGGCGGCCAUCACAAGGACAAGAACCACACUUCGACACUAUGGCUUGCGUCAACCUACGAACCCAACUCGUCUCGGAAGCUGACAUCGGGGUCCUUUAAUGAUACAAGUCCAACUUGGCAUCCAAGUAGUGACAGUAUUUUAUUUCUGUCUGAUCGCGCCAAGCCGGGAGAGAGCUCGGCAAUUUGGUCUAUGCGACUAGACGGCGGUGAUCCUGUUGCCAUCACCGCAGAGGAUAACGAGCAAGACAUUGGUACGUUUUCUAUUUCACCGGAUGGAAAGACGAUCGCCUACGUUUCAUGUGACGAAAACAAAAAAGACGACGAUAAAGAAGAAAAUCCUGAAGUUUGGGGAGAGAAAUGGGAUCAUGCUCGUCUGCGAAUUGUCGACGUGGAAACUCACAAAACCAAAGUCAUUGUGGGAGGUGACACACACAUUGGCGAAAUUGCUUGGAGCCCAGACGGUAAAUCAUUGACCUUUAUGAGUACUCAGAACCCUCAUAUCGAAGAGGCCAUGUUGACUGGCACUUCCAUAUCCACUGCCAUCAUAGAAACCGGCCAAGUCAAACAUCUAUGCACGGUUAUGAAUGAGCCGUACAACUUGACAUGGGCACCGGAUGGACUCGUCUAUUUCAUCACUGGUACACCGCCUGACAAAGACUCUGGAGGGAGAUCUGUCUAUAGUAUCAACCCAAAAGACGCGUCUCCCAACUUCACCAAAGUAGGAUGCGGCGACAAUGAUGAUGCUGGAGAUAUUCGCCUAGCGGGUGACAAGAUAUUUGUCAAUCGUCAAGUCAGGCUUGUCGACAUCAUUAGCGAACUCGGGGGAAACGAUCUCUUCACAGAGUACAAAGAGAUGUGGGUAUGGGAUGUCUCCAUCAGUCCAGAAACAGGCACCGCAGCGCUCGCAGCUAGUCUCUCAGACAUCAAUACACCCUACGAAGUCUUUGUCAUUCAGCCAGGCAAGGAAAAGAUCAAACUCUCCAACCACGGACACCCCCUCGAAGACCAGUCGUUUGGAGCUUGCACUGUUUUCACCUGCCAAUCGUCAGAUGGACAGGUCGAACUAGAUGGUCUAUACCUAACCCCAGCAUCAAAGUCAAAUCCCGAUGGCCGACCACAGCAACCGCUUCCAACACUCGUCUUAAUCCACGGAGGUCCAAGGGAUCGUAACUGUAACAGUAUCGAUACAUCCUGUUUCAACUGGGCUCCUUAUCUCCUCGCAAAAGGCUACGGCGUUCUCCUUCCCCAAUACAGGGGAUCUUCGGGGAGGGGUGAGAAGUUCGCUUCGUACAGUAUUGGAGGACAGGGUUUAUACGACUAUGCAGAUGUGAUCACCAUAACCGACAAUGCCAUCAAGAAAGGCUUCGCGGAUCCGAAGAAACUUAUGGUAGGGGGAUGGAGUCAGGGCGGUUUGUUGACAUACCUGUGCAGUGUCCGAAAUGGCCUCCACGGUUUAGGCUGGCAAUUUAACGCAGCAAUUGCGGGAGCAGGAGUAUGCGACACAGAAAGUCUCGCUCUAACAGCCGAUCUUGGUUCAACCUUUGAGGUCGAGCUUGCGGGUGGUUAUACAAUCUGGACUCUUGGCCAUGAUGACACGCGGAACCGCCAAGGCAGUGCUAUAUGGGAGGUUUCCAGCGCAAUGGAGCAUUCUCGUCGAGAGGGAAAGACUAUUAUCCCACCGAUGUUAAUUUUGCAUGGUGAAAAGGAUGAGAGGUGUCCGUUUUCUCAGGCUGAAGGGUUCAGAAGGGCGUUGAGAUUUUAUGGUCUGCCAUGCGAGUUUGUGAAAUACCCGGGUGAAGGACAUGGGAUUGAGUCACAAAGGUUUUGGUUGGAUAUGCUUGAGAGGGUUGAGAGAUUUUGUGAUUUGUAUAUUGGAGAGGCACCAAAGAGUCGGGUGGUAGUUCGAUGA